UGCUCGGUUGUUCGCGCUCGAUGCCUCGGCUGCUCGUCGUCGUCCCACUUCCGUCGUUUGAAAAUAUUUCGUGGUUCAGUGGCUUCCGGUUGGGCGAAGGAAACAAUCCCUUUGCAACAGGUGAAUUCACCAUUUUACGCCGACAACUAGGAAAAAUCCAAAAAAUCAUCAGUUCCGGCCAUCCACAAGAUGCAUAAGCGCAUCCAACAAGCUAAUUAGAAGUGAGACUGCGAAAAAAAAAACAAGGAUAUUUGCUGAGGAAAUGAGCCGCCCAUUAUGUACUUAGGAUCGUUCGGCGGAAACGACAGAGAGCCAUGGAAAAGCACACUAGCCUGCCCCGGAAGGAGGCCAGCGAAAGCUCAAGGAAGGGCCUGAAGUGUCUGUCAUUGGAGUUCCUAUUCCGCCUGCUCUUCCACCAACUGCUAUUUACUUCGCUGUGCGGGCCACAUUGCGUAUACGCCACGAGUGCCGUCGGCGAGGCGCUGGGCGCGAGCAACUGUCACGACAUCCUCCACGGAUUCGAUGUCUACCCCAAUCCCACCGCCGGGGCGCUGGGUCAAUCGACGGACUCGCCUCUGACCGUGACAUUGCCGCCCUCCGGCUGGAAGUGUUGCUGCUGGAAUGCAAGUAAUCAAAUGGAGGAGGUGGAAUGCCGUUGCGAGGGCGACGGACUAAACCGCGUACCGCAAACGCUGAAGCUGCCCAUCCAGCGACUAACUAUUGCGUCGGCGGGGCUGCCACGCCUACGCUACACAGGGCUGAAGGUCUACGGACCCACAUUGUUGGAUGUGACCUUCACCGACUGCCUGCAGCUGGAACUGAUACAGGAUGGCGCUUUCGCUAAUUUAACGCUACUGCGCACAAUCUACAUCACCAAUGCACCCAAGCUAACCUUUCUCUCUAAGGACGUAUUUUUUGGCAUUUCGGACACUGUGGAAAUAAUACGCAUCAUAAACAGCGGACUUACCAGAGUUCCGGACCUCAGCCAUCUUCCUCCGCAUAAUAUUUUGCAAAUGAUAGAUCUCGAUAAUAAUCAAAUCACUCGAAUAGAUACUAAAUCCAUAAAAGUAAAGACUGCCCAAUUAAUUUUGGCAAACAAUGACAUAAGCUACGUCGAUGACUCGGCUUUCUUUGGCUCCAAGAUAGCCAAACUGUCGCUAAACGACAACCAAAAACUCGAACACAUGCAUCCAAACGCUUUCGAUGGCAUUAUAGAUAUAACUGAACUCGAUCUCUCCAGCACUUCGUUAGUUGGCCUACCCUCAAGUGGUCUUCAGACCAUCGAAGCAUUGUACAUUCAGAAUACCCACACUCUGAAAACCAUUCCUUCAAUUUACAACUUUCGGAAUCUACAACGGGCCUACCUGACGCACUCCUUUCACUGCUGCGCCUUCCAGUUCCCAUCUCGUCACGAUCCUCAGCGACAUGCCAAGCGAAUGCGGGAGAUUGAAAAGUGGCGGGAGCAAUGCAAGAGUGAUUCGGCUUCCCGAAAGGAGAGAUCCACUUCGGAAAAUGGCUUCGAAAUGCCAGAAGACUUUGGUAGUUUUGGCAGCCCAGAUGAAGCGACAACAGAUAUUGUACCUAUCAAAUUCGCUUCCUUCGACUACAUGGCCGAUGACACCUUGAACAAGGGAACUUUUCACGAGAAAAUUACACUUGACCCGGCGGAUGAUAUGUCAGCCGAACUGUGCGGAAAUUUCACAUUCAGAAAACCGAAUAUUGAGUGCUAUCCCAUGCCCAAUGAUCUUAACCCUUGCGAGGAUGUUAUGGGCUAUCAAUGGCUUCGUAUUUCCGUUUGGAUUGUGGUUGCCCUGGCGGUGGUUGGCAACGUGGCUGUGCUGACAGUAAUUCUAUCGAUUAGACCAGAGUCGACACCAGUGCCACGAUUUCUCAUGUGCCACCUCGCCUUCGCCGACUUGUGCUUGGGAGUCUAUCUGCUGUUGGUGGCCUCCAUCGAUGCUCAUUCCAUGGGGGAGUACUUUAACUACGCUUACGACUGGCAGUAUGGGCUCGGCUGCAAAGUAGCCGGCUUUCUAACCGUGUUCGCCAGUCAUCUGUCUGUGUUCACUUUGACCGUUAUCACAAUCGAGCGCUGGCUGGCCAUCACACAGGCCAUGUACCUGAACCAUCGCAUCAAGUUGCGUCCGGCAGCACUCAUCAUGCUGGGCGGCUGGAUUUACUCCAUGUUUAUGUCCUCGCUGCCGCUGUUCGGUAUUAGUAAUUACUCGUCGACGAGCAUCUGCCUUCCGAUGGAAAAUCGCGAUAUAUACGACACCGUGUAUCUGAUUGCCAUCAUGGUCUGCAACGGAGUGGCCUUCUCCAUCAUAGCCGUGUGCUAUGCCCAGAUUUACCUGUCCCUGGGUCGCGAGACACGGCAGGCGCACCACAAUAGUCCGGGCGAAUUGAGCGUGGCCAAGAAGAUGGCCCUUCUGGUCUUUACAAACUUUGCCUGCUGGUCUCCCAUUGCUUUCUUCGGACUCACCGCACUCGCUGGUUAUCCACUGAUCAAUGUGACCAAGUCGAAAAUAUUGCUUGUAUUUUUCUAUCCAUUGAACUCCUGUGCGGAUCCCUAUCUAUAUGCCAUACUCACUUCUCAGUAUCGCCAGGAUCUGUUCACCUUGUUGUCGAAACUCGGUCUGUGUCGUCAGAGCGCUUUGAAGUACAAGGACAGCCUCUCCGGACAUGCCACCACUCGAUUCACCAUCCACGGAUCCAUUCAGAGGCACGGUUCACUCACCUGCAAAAUGCAGACGGUAAUGGGCGCCACAGAGACACAGAAAAUGCUAAAGAGCAGCGAGGAUUAUGUUUGAACCGAAGCUUGGGUAUUGUGAAUACACUCUUCUUCCCACCCCGUUGUGAUAUAUAUUAUACAUAUACUAUUAAUUGAUGCUCUCUCUCUUUGUUCUGCUUUCUGUUCCAGUAUUGUUAGCAUCCCAUGAUUACUGAUAUUUUAAACACAUAAGUUUGUUUUUAGUUUUCUUGUUAAGUUCUCUUACUUAAGUUGUUUAGUCUAGUGUAUACAGUCGUACCUAAUAAAAGUAUUGCUAAUAGAAAAGAGCUUAUCCCACAGUCAAAGUACAUGUACCUAUAUAAAUGGAUGUCAAAUAAGUGGAUUUUACUCGAUAUUUGUAUGUAUGGAUGUGUCCAAGUUAUAAAUGUUUUAAUUGA